GGGAUUAUCGCCAUAUUGCCUUCAGAGUUUAGGGCCGGGUGCCCGUAGCCUCACAAGCAAUUUAUAAAAAUGUUAAGAUACGGGUACGCGAUCAGGAAUUUAUCAAAAAUCACACGAAAACCAUGCUUGAGCUACGAGCAGAUUCCCUUAAAAUAUAUCGGUAUUAUAAGUGCCAAUCGAAACUACAGCGAUGCCGGUGAUAAGAAGACGAAUAAUCCUAACAGACCACCUGGCACUACAUUGAAAGCGGAAGAAUGCAUUCCCUCGAAUCAGUCGAAAUCGAAGGGAUCAUUUUCCUCAGAUCCUGUUUGUCCAAUGGAUCCAAAUGUUGAAUGCCCUUUGAGUCCUAACCGGGAUUGUGGUAAAAGGCCAGAACCAUUCGGGGAAGAUGGCAAUCGCAAGAGGCAGCAACGGGUAUGGAUGCAAUUGCUGGCUGCUCUCUUCAUCACUGGAGCCACCAUGUACAUGGUGAAUCGAAUGGGCUGGUUGCAAACACCUGCGACACUUCAAAUACCGAAACAGAAGAAGAAGAAAAAAGCAGAGAGAAAGAAAAAUAAGAUUCCAGCAGUGUCUUCAGAAAUACCAACAGAAAUCCCUUAUCUCUUGAUCGGGGGUGGAACAGCUGCUUUCUCAGCAUUCAGAUCUAUAAAAUCAAAAGAUCCCACAGCAAAGGUUCUGGUUGUAACGGAAGAAGGGGACCUUCCCUACAUGAGGCCCCCGUUGUCCAAAGAGCUUUGGUAUAACAAAGAUAGAGAAACUACAGAGAAAUUAAAAUUCAAACAAUGGAACGGCACAGACCGAAGCUUGUUCUAUGAGCCUCCAGAAUUUUACACUCCUGUUCCAGAAUUAGCACAAUCGCAAAAAGGAGGUGUCGGUGUAGCUUUAGGAUGGAAGGUUAAUCAAAUUGACAUCGUUAAUAGGACGGCAAUACUUGAAGAUGGUCAUAAAAUAAAAUAUGAAAAAUGUUUAUUAGCCACUGGUGCCUCGCCCAAGAACCUUCCAAUAUUUGAAACUGCAGAUGAUGCAAUUAAGAGUAAGAUCGUACCGUUCAGAACAAUAGAAGACUUCCUCAAGCUAGAGGAGAGCAUUCAUGAUCCAGCUGUAAAGAAUAUAGUUAUUGUUGGUGGAGGAUUCCUUGGUUCCGAAGUUGCGUGUUCCUUGGUUAGAAACUUAAAUCCAGACCAAAAAACGGUUCAUCAGAUCUAUAAAGAAAAAUACAUAAUGGCUCAAGUGCUGCCUGAAUACUUGAGUGAAUGGACUACGAACAAAGCAAUGCUCGAAGGAGUGAGAUGUAUGCCUGAAACUGAGGUUGCAGAUGUCGAAAUGAAGGGUGGGCACCUGAAACUAAUUUUAACAGAUGGAUCCAAAAUUGACGCAGAUCAAGUUAUCGUAGCAGUUGGUGCACAAGCUAAUACCCAAUUAGCUCAAUCUUCUAAUCUUGAAAUUGACCCUAAAGUCGGUGGUUAUCUUGUCAAUGCUGAAUUAGAGGCAAGGAGCGAUUUAUGGGUCGCAGGGGAUGCGGCUUGUUUCUAUGACGUGAGAUUGGGCAGAAGGCGAGUUGAGCAUCACGAUCACGCCGUUAUAUCUGGAAGAUUAGCAGGCGAAAAUAUGACUGGCGCUGGUAAACCCUACUUGCAUCAGUCCAUGUUCUGGUCAGAUCUUGGACCUGAAAUCGGUUACGAAGCAAUAGGAAUCGUUGACGCGUCUUUGCCAACUGUAGGAGUAUUUGCCAAGGCAACGGAUCAAGAUACUCCGCUUGCUGCUGUCACUGCGUCUGACGAGGGAUUGAGAUCAGUUACUGAAGAGGGCAACAAAUCCUCAGCGAUUGUACAAGCAACACCCGUAUCCCAAAAGCACGCACCUGUUGAAGGGUUGAAGUCGGAAGAGUCUGCAAAGAAUGUCGAAGGUGACAAAGAAGGCAGUAAAUCAUGUGAAGAUGAGGGAGGAAAUAAAGUGGAGAAGCCCCAUGACGAAUUUGGAAAGGGAGUCAUAUUCUAUCUACGUGAUGAUGUCGUAGUUGGCAUUGUCUUAUGGAACAUAUUCAAUCGCAUGUCUAUUGCACGACAGGUUUUGGCCAGCGGAACAAGGUACGAUGAUCUCAAUGAGGUAGCUAAGCUGUUCAGCAUUCACGAAGACUGAUACCACCGAAGUUGCAUUUACCAUCGAAUCACUGUUUGUAUAUAUUCGUGUUUCUGGCUAUCGAGUUCUUGAAUGUAUUUUACACCCUGUACUAAGAAGCGAUCUCUAAUGAUUUAAUGGCUAAAUUUUAGGAAGCAUAAAAUAUUGUAGAUAUCAUUUCUCUUAGAACCAGGAAGAUAGUGUUUUAUCUGAAACUCGGGUAAAUCGUCAUAUUUUCUCGUAAUCGUACAAAGUCUACGUGCAUUUAUAUUAUAAUAAAUAUAUAAAUAUCGAACGAUACAUGAUGCACAUUGUUAGAAAAUAAAGGAAAUCAUUGAUCGUGAAUACGGACGACAGUUUUUAUUCACAGUUACGUCGGUAUUGUUUUAGUUGUUUAGUGACUCAUCAUCUGCAAAAACCAUACAGUAUCAACAAUAAUCAGCAUAUAUUUCAUUGUAAUUACCUGGGUACACUGUGCUUAAUUACAUUAUUAACAUAUUAAAGUAUUGUGUUUGUUGCAGUAACUGGUAUUACUUCUGGAAGAAGUUUGAUCUGAGUAAUUAGAUCGGAAAUCACGUCACUAACGCUGCUUCUUGGUACAUAAGCAGAGGCAAAGUUAUAUUGCGAUACCGCUUCGACAAAAGAUCCAUUAAUUGUAAAUGAUUUCCAGAUCGAUAGUCAGUUAAAUCCUGUAAGAAUGAAAUAAUAUGCAAGUUAUUACUACUGUGAUUUUUGAAAGUUCUCACUGCUUCAAGCUACGAAAAUAAUUUUACGCACCAUAUGUUCUGGCCACAUCUUUCCAUCAGUUACGUCUUCUAAAAGUUGGUUCUGACUGUAGUGUAAUAAUGAUGUACAGUAAUACAAUGUGUAGUCAGCUGGAUAAAGAAUACAAAUGGCUAGCAAAUGUACGAUUUCGCACCAUGGUAGUACCCUCCAGAAAUAUUGAGAUAUCAUUUCGUCACAAAUAAUCCACCAGUCUGUACCGCAAUUAUUCUGUGAAUUUUGACAGACACAUUAUUUUUUUU